AUGCCCAAGACUCGAGCACGGCCCUCGAAGGGACGGCCCAGAAAGCCAUCUGAAGCAUCUGAAGACGUGAUAUCUAGGCGACGCGCUCAAGUCCGCGAAGCGCAGCAAUCAUACCGGUCCCGUCAGCAGUCUCAGCUUUCUUCCUUGAAAGCCCGUGUAAAGCAACUAGAAGAUGCAUUCAAUCACUUGAGUCAGACGGUACAGUCAUUCGAUGGCCAAGUACUUCAGAACGAGUCCCAGUGGUCCCAGUCUCGGCUCUUUCAGGCGGUUCAGAUGCUGUGUGACGACAUAGCAUCACAGUUCAAGUCUGCCGAUAUUUAUUUCCAAAGAUCAUCGAACAAUCAGAGGAGUGAAGAGUCGCAGGUCGCACAUGAACAACCCCAAACGCAGACCACCCAAACGUUAUCAAUCAGGACGAGAAAUGAUCGCUCUCAAUUUUGGCGCUUAUUUAGGGCAUCUUCCACGGCGAUGUUACCAUCUUAUACCGCUCAUAAUGAUCUAGUUGAACCAGGCCUCAUUCCAUUCUCACCAUCGCCUGUUUUCGAGACCAAUGUCAUUCAAUACGCUACCACCCAUUUUACCCAACGGCUGUACCGAGCAAGUGCAGAGAGUGGCCUUCGUCUUCUUUCCAAUACAUUGUAUACGGAUGAAUUUGUUGCAAAACACUUUGGUUUACUCUUACAAAGUAUGACACGAUCAGAAAUUCGAGAUUAUUUCACACGCGUUGUCAGUACACAACCGUGCAACCCGAUUGUCGACAGCCGAAUUCCGUUCAUCAGCUUGGGCGGAGCUGGAACUCAUUUGUUUUCACCAUUGAACAGUGUAUUUCAAGAUCUAUCCUCAUUCGAAAAAACAAAUGGAGUGAUUCACAUUGCUUCUGAUGAGCAAUGGCUUGACGUGCAUGACGUCGAGAGAUAUUUGUCUAGCCAAGGGAUCGUCGUGGGCGACUUUCCGCCAUCACCAUCAUCGAUGCAUCUUCUUAACGGACCAGAAUGGAACCCUCCCAACUCAGUCACCAUACAAGGGGCAUUGACUAGCACGAUGAUCAGUGUCGUCGAUGAGUAUCAGUUGAUCAAGAAAUUGAGCCUAUCUCCAAUGGACUUGGGCUGCGUGGCUGGCUUCCGCCGAUCGGAUAUCGACCAUAUCAUCUCUCAGUGCGUGAGAUGGAUCCACGUCGGGGAUCCAGGGUAG